AUGCUUCAAGUAACACCGCUACCCACAAAUGGCACCGUAGGUAUGGAUGUAGCCGGCGGGGUUGAUAGUCAGACUUUUGAUAAUCACUCGAUGGGAUCACAAAUGAUUCAGUUGAUUCCUGAAAUAGUUGAAGGGGAGCGAUUACCAUUGGGCACAGAAUGGACAGGUGAACGUAUGAAGCAGGUAUCGCAAUGUGAUGAGGAAGAUCCGGAUGAUUGGUAUCAUUGUUUCGCUGCCGCACUCGACAGGAGGAGGAACAAUAAAGAGGCAAGGUGCUGCCCGUCGGAGAUAUUGAGCUUGCGCAGUAAGGUGAUGAUUCCCGAGAAUAGAGCAUUGGGGCCUCUCAGGGACAACAAGUACUAUCAACGCAGUGCGCCGAUGCUUAACGGCCUCCUAUACAACCCGGAUGGCAAUAUUCUGUUCAAGCCAAAUACCACCAGCAGUAGCCGACCCCGUAAGCUGAUGAUUGUGUCUCACCCUGACGAUGAAGUUAUAUUUGGUGGUGGAGACUUAUUGGAGAAGGAUGGGACACCGAGUAAAGAUGACUGGUUUGUCAUUUAUUCGACGAUUGAUCCCGAACGAAUCAACAUGACCCGCGUUCUCGCCAACAGAUGGCAAUGGUCAGGCACUCUACACUUUGCUAUGGCCGAUACAAAUCUGAUCAACCAAUUGAUACACGUGGACUUUGUUGAAGAUCUGUGCGAGAUACUGUGUUCGAAUACUUGGGACGCAGUGGUAACACACGGAUUGGAUGGAGAGUAUGGACAUCACUUCCAUAAGAAAUUAUCAAAGGUCGUGUCUACAUUAAUGCGUAGCCUAGAGCAGCAUCCGCCGCAAGGGUACACGGCGCCCAGAUUCAAGCAAUUCAAGCUGAAUGACCACAAGUCAACAAAGACCAAGAAAACCAAAGAACAGCGAGAUGUAUUGCGACAUGUGUAUAGCAGACCCAGCAAGUGGUUUGCUGAGAUGUGCACGACGAGCGCGGUACUGAAGAAGUACUCAAAGCUAUAUCCCAUAGUCGAUUUUCUUUGUAAAUAGCUGAGGUUUCUAUCAAAAAAGCGUUCCGCUUUACUUCACCAUGAAGAUUGGCCGGUAGUUCAACCGUGGCGGUUGAUUACUUAGGCUUGUAGGCAAACAGAAGGUACAAUUACGACGAGUGCUUCCUUCAAAGGUCUGCUUGGUGUGAGGAUAAGUUGCAAACUCUCACUUCUGUUAACGAAGCGCUUAAACAAACAGCGCCCUUACAACCACACGAGGUGUUCUAACCCAAUUAAUGUCAUCGACCAGUAUCGAUCAAUAAUAAUCAAAGAGUUAUACGGAUGGUGUUUUCUACCAUUGUUAUACAGCUGCUGCCUUGUACGAGACUAAAAUAACGAGGUAGCCACAUCUAAACGGCAUGUGCAUUUGCCAUCAAAUUCAAUAAAACCCGAUUGUCAUACC